UAGCACUAAAAAACAAUAACACAAUCUGGAACCUGCAGCGAUGAAAGGCGCCCUCGCCUAAAUUCAACUAGAGAAGAGAUGGCCAAUCUCAGACGUUAUCGCCGUAGCUCUCGAUGCGCCUGGUCUGGCCUUUUCAUGCGGCCUAAGAAUUGUUGGAAUUUUGUUCCAAAUUGCGUGAUUAUGCAGAUAAUCGCCUAAUGAGGCAAGCCCGGGAAUUAUCUCGACGUGACACCGGUGAUAACCGACGAGAACAGAGAUAUAUCGAGCAAAGCGCCAUAGUUAUGCGGGCUAUGGGGCCAGAAUCUGCUCGUAUAUGUGUAGCAGGCUUCAGUGGUACAUUAAGUACUCAGUGGUCUCAAUUGACAACGAGAUUCGGGAUAUUGACGUCUGAUAUUUUAACAUCUUGGAGGGCUGAAAGCACGUUCAUUGGUGAAACUGAACAUGGCAGACGAUAUAUCCAACAGCGACAACAAAAGGCGAGAAGAGACAACCACCACUCCAUCACCCAACCCAAAAGAUCAAGUCACAGUACAUACCACCACAGCUCCUCCAUCCGUGGGAGAUGGCGCUCUUGAACUCCUCAAGGCCACCAGCCGCGGUCAUGCUGCCUCCGGCCCCCUCGACCCAGAGCAGAGCCAUCGACUCGUCCGCAAAAUCGACAUCUAUAUAAUGCCUUUAAUCUGCAUCGUUUACUUCUUACAGUAUCUCGACAAAAUCGCCAUUUCCUACGCCAGCGUGACGGGGAUUCAGAAAUCUACAAACCUCCACGGCGAUCAGUUUAACUGGGUCUCGAGUAUCUUCUUCUUCGGCCAGCUUGCUUUUGAGUUCCCAACUAUUCGACUCAUCCAGAUGUUUCCUCUGGCUGCGUACGUUUCUAUCAACGUCGUUAUCUGGGGAGCUUUACUCGCUUGUCUCGCAGCAUGCAAGUCAUUCGCCUCUCUCAUGGUCUGUCGAGCCCUCCUCGGCUGCGCAGAGGCAGCAAUAGUGCCAGCCUGGGUCGUCUUCACCUCCCAAUGGUACAAAAAGGAAGAACAAGCCUUCCGCGUCGGAAUCUGGUUCUCCAUGUGCGGUUUCGCCCAGAUGUUCGGCGGAUACGUCGCAUACGGCGUCGCCGUACACGUUGGCCGCGACCCCAACGCCUCCCUGCGAGGAUGGCAGAUCAUAUUCCUCAUCCUCGGCCUCCUCAGCGCCGUCAUCGGAAUUCUAUUCUAUUUCAUCCUCCCUUCCUCACCCGUCACAGCGGGAUUUCUCACCCCCGACGAAAAAUCCCUUCACGUCGAACGGCUCCGUGGAAACCAACAGGGCAUCGGCACGGAUGUGUUCAAAUGGCAUCAAUUCUACGAAGCCCUUCGCGACCCCAACACAUGGCUAUACUCCUUCUGGGUCUUCGCCGCAAAUAUUUGCAACUCCAUCGCAACCAGUUUCGGCAACAUCCUCGUCACGGGAAUGGGAUACUCAUCGACCGAGUCCCUCUUACUCGUCACCCCCUUAGGAGCCUACGAAGUCGUCGCCCUCAUCCUCCUCACCUACCUCUCCAUGAAAACAAACCAGCGUCUCCUAUGGUGUAUAGCAGGCCACAUCCCCUCUAUCGUCGGCGCAAUCCUAAUGGCUACAACGGAAAAAGCCCCCGCGUUAAUCGGCUUCUAUCUCUCCGGCGGCGUACCCAUCGGCUGGACAACCAUCCUCGGUCUAACAAGUAGUAACGUCGCUGGGUCAACGAAGAAAAUUACCGUGUCGUGUAUCCAGACCAUCGCGUAUACAGUGGGGAAUAUCAUCUCGCCGCAUACGUUCCAAGCGAAGGAUGCGCCGAGGUAUCUUCCUGCGAAGAUUUCGAUUACUAUUAUUUAUUUUUUGAUCACGGUGGAUUUGCUUGUGAUUCGGUGGGUGGCGACGAGGGAGAAUGAAAGGAGGGAUAGAGAGAAGGAACAGUUGGAGAGGGAGGGUGCGUAUGUUGUGCAGGAUAAUCAGGAGUUUCUCGAUCUUACGGAUAGGGAGAAUAGGGAGUUUAGGUAUGUUUUAUAGGUAUGGGCUUUGGUCUUUGUCUUGGCAUCUCUCUGAGGUUCCCGAUCAAAUGGAGGGCAGUAAUAGUAGUAGUAGAUGUGUGUUUAGAUCAGAUAGUCAUUUUUAGAAAGAUGGCGCUUUCAACACGAUGAUACGAGAAUACGAGAUACGAGUAUCAAUGAUUAAUG